AUGGGGUGCCUAGAUCCAGAUCUGGAGGCUGGUGCACAUCGCGGGUGUCCUUGGUGCCUCGUGGUGGCACGUGUGAGCUGCCGAGCGAAAACUCUGCGCUUUGGCGCCGACAAAGGCGACAUAUGUGGGUGCUGCUAUCCUCAUGAGGGCGAUGUUGUGGUUCUCCUCUUCGUGCCAAAUCUCUGGGUGAAAACCCUCGUUUGUUUCAGGCUCGGCUAUGGCCAUGCUUGGCGCCGUUUCCCGUCGCAAGGCAUUGUCGUGGAGCUUAGAGGCAUGACGGUGGCGGUGGCGGUGGGCUGGUGGCAGUCGCCGCUCAAUUACACCGGCUCCUUGGCCAAAUCCUCCAAGGCUAGCUGGUCAUGGCUCCCUGCCAAGGCCACAUGGUACGGCGCGCCUACCGGCGCCGGUCCCGAUGACAACGGUGGUGCUUGCGGCUACAAGCACACUAACCAGUACCCGUUCAUGUCCAUGACUUCCUGCGGCAACGAGCCCCUGUUCAAGGACGGCAUGGGCUGCGGCGCCUGCUACCAGAUACGAUGCGUCAAUAACAAGGCCUGCUCCGGCAAGCCGGAGACGGUCAUGAUCACCGACAUGAACUACUACCCUGUGGCCAAGUACCAUUUCGACCUCAGCGGCACGGCGUUCGGCGCCAUGGCGAAGCCCGGCCAGAACGACAAGCUCCGCCACGCCGGCAUUAUCGACAUCCAGUUCCAAAGGGUGCCAUGCAAUCAUCCGGGCUUGAACGUGAACUUCCACGUCGAGCGGGGCUCCAACCCCAACUACCUGGCCGUGCUGGUGGAGUUCGCGAAUCGGGAGGGCACCGUGGUGCAGAUGGACCUCAUGGAGUCAAGGAACGGCCGCCCGACGGGGUACUGGACGGCGAUGCGCCACUCGUGGGGCGCCAUCUGGCGGAUGGACUCCAGGCGCCGGCUGCAGGGCCCCUUCUCUCUCCGCAUCCGCAGCGAAUCCGGCAAGACGCUGGUGGCCAAACAAGUCAUCCCGGCCAACUGGAAGCCCGACACGAACUACCGUUCCAACGUCCAGUUCCGUUGA